AUGAUACUGACCCAAUGGAACCAGUACGACGUGGUGAUGUGCAGGUUCUUUCCCGCUAGUCUAAAAGACGAAGCCCUGAUGUGGUUCAACAAUUUACCAAAGGCGUCGGUUAGGUCAUUUGACCACCUAUCCGAGUUGUUUCUAGAAACAUACAUACAUAACAGCCGAGUCAAUCCAGAGGUGGAAAUGUUAUUCCAAAUGAGCCGAGGACCAAAUGAGUCACUCCGAUCAUUGGUAGCUCACUGGAGGAAGCUAUGUGCUGAGAUCGGACGAGUCCCAGAGGCCUACACGAUCUUGGGGUUCAAGAACAGUCUGAGAAAGACAGAUCCCAUUUUUGUCCGUAUGUACGAAACCAUGCCUCGCAACCUGGGGAAAUUGAGAGAAAUACGAAAGGACUACAUAGCCCUCGAAGAACUCCAAGAUGGUACUUAUGACAAACUGGUAAAAGGAACCAGUAGAGGAGCAAAUGUGGUAGAACCACAGGACCCUCAUGCACCAGUCCGAGGAGCAGGACGAUCCAAUAACGGACCAACCCAGUUCGAUAAACAUCGGAGUAGAGGAUGGAAAGGGAGAGACCAAGCCCAGUCGAAGAAAGGAAAAUUUGUAGACCCAGUCUACAUGAAGUUAAACACUUCCAUAUCUGAGAUCUUCAAAAAGAUCGAGGGAAAAUAUAAAAUAACUUAUCCAUGGAAUAGGGGACAGCAGCCCGAGCGGGCCAAAAACAGAACAGAGUUUUGUGAGUUCCACCAAUUCCAUAGUCACACGACAUACUGGUGCAGAGACUUGAAGAAAAUGGUGCAGGACAUGAUCGACGAAGGCAAGCUUCAGGAGUACAUCACGCAACCAGCCGAAGGUGCACCCAUACAUCGUGUGAAAAUUCCUCGUGAAGCACAGUACUUGGGAUGCAAUACAAUCUCCCACUCAGCUGUCACAGCUCCCAUGCAUGAAGGAAAUAUCACAGGAAGAAUUCAUAAACGCAACUUCGAAGGCGACGAGGUUUUCAGCGUAGCAAUUGAACCUCCCAUGCAGGAGUGGAUGAAAAUACCUAUUGGCUUCUCAACAUCUGAAGCACCUGAUGGAGGACGAAACCACAACGAUCCCCUAGUGGUCACGAUGGCUAUAACACUCCCCGAACAUGGGGGAGAGGAGGACAAACCCAAGGCACUGCCUUGGGCCAUGCCUAAAAUACUCAUAGACGGAGGAAGUUAUGUCGAAAUCAUGUUUUAUGAAACAUUCAAGCAAAUGGGUCUUAGAGACGAAUGCCUAAUACCCUCAAACUAUAAAAUAUUUGGCUUUAACGACUCAUCGACUCGCCCAAGGGGCGAGGUCACUCUAGAAAUUCAGGUAGGCAAGAUCCUUACUCUAACCACUUUCUGUGUAGUGGAUGUAAUUUCCCCUUACACGGCUAUUGUCAGCUGA